GGAACGUCACUCCCAAAUCGUUUUUUAUGUUCUACAGUAAUUUUGAAGCAAUAUCUUCAGAUCUUCAAGAUGUCUUACACAAAGUUCAAAUUUUCUUUAGCCCCAAGCUCUGACUACGAUGGUUUGGAAUUUUACAGUGCCAAAUUUACGAUCAUCGAGCACAAUAUCACGAAUGGACAAGACCCAGACGGCCAUAUCCAGAAGGGCCAGGUCCAGACAGUUUACGGCCAAGGCGGCGAGUACAAAUUCGACGUUGGCAAGAAGUCCUCCUCAGACCCCACCAACUUCUGGAAAGCCCAUUUUCGCGAGACCGAGACCAUCCCCAAUGAAAUCCCGGCAACCCUUUAUUUUGCACUUUCUGGUUCGUUAGAUUUGGAGAUCAAAGACCAAGACCGCAAAAUGACCGCACGCAUCAAGGAAGUCGGUCUAGCCGCAGGUGAACCAGGCUCACCAGAUUCUCUCGCUAGUUGGUGGUUUGCAUCCAUUGGUGCUACUGCUAAGACUGAACAUCGGAUCACUUGUGAAGCUGUAGCUGCAAUGGGGCAGAGGUGCUAUCCAACUUUUAAAUUUGAAAAGGAUUCUGGAAAGCUACUAUUGAUGUCAAUCAAGAAAUCCCUUACGGAGUGAACGAAAGGAGACAGAGGCGUUGGAGGAGCUUUGGGUGAGCAAGAUUCACGAAGGAGAAUGCAGCCUCGAGUAGAUAGCAAUGAAACGCCUUGGUAUUAAGCAAGAAUGCAAGCUAGGCACUUGGUACUUUAGCCCUAAAUAUGAUGCCCUAUAUAUGCUGCAAGUGGAUACAGCUCAUCUGUAGGUUAGGCGAAAUUGAGUCACCGAGUUGACAAAUUGUACGUUAAGGAGCAGUAUAGCUAUCAGAGAAGCUUAGGUCGGGAUACAAUCAAGCGU